GAGAAUGGAUAAGCAGCGGGGACUUAUUUUUAAAACCGGAUUAAUACUCCUUUUGCUGCUGCAAGUCAUCACCUGCAUGAAAAUCAACCGUGUCCGGGUACCGGCAUCGUACAACAUUUCACGCGAUGAAAACGAAAGUAAACCGCUCAUCCUUGGCUGCGAUUACGAAAUCGACGAAAGCGAAUCGAAAGGAUUCGUGCUGAAAUGGAAACAUAACGAUCUACAAUUCUACCAGUGGAUACCGUCGAGAAAUCCGAUCGUGUUUAGCUCGUUUAAGGGACAAAUCGAUGUGGAGUAUUCCGAGUCGGAAGAGCGGCUACACAAGCACAGUGCCUUAAAGUUUAUCAAUCCGAUGGCCAACUACACCGGCAACUACACGUGCCAGAUAUCGACGUUCGAUGAUUUGGCUUCCGGUACGGCACAUCUGCAGAUGAUCGUACCGGAGACGGACUUUACGCUGGGCUUGCAGCGGGAAACGAACGGAAGUACGGUGGUGUUCUGUAAUGUGGGGGAAAUUUACCCGCUGCCGGAUGUUUCUUUACGCAUUGACAAUGAAAAGGUGUCCGAUGCGGUGGUAUUCGAGCAGGUUCAGGAAUAUACCGGUUAUUAUAAUGUGUCCGUACAGUACAUCCUACCGGACCAGAACAAGAACAUGGAGCUGCAGUGUGACUUCACCAUCCCGUCAACGGACUAUACGCGACGCACGGUUACGUCUUAUCAUGGAGCCGGGUACCGAGCAAACGCGGCAGUAGUGCAGGUGUUUGUGGGUUUCAUCCUUAGCACGACAGUGGCAACAUUGCUGACCAAGUUCUAA